AUGACAAGAAGAUAUUGGAACAUCAACUUAGAAGAGAUGCUGGAGGCAGGAGUUCAUUUUGGCCAUGGUACUAGGAAAUGGAAUCCUAAAAUGGCACCUUAUAUCUCUGCAAAGCGUAAAGGUAUUCAUAUUAUAAAUCUUACUAAAACUGCUCGUUUUUCCGAAGCUUGCGAUUUGGUUUUUGAUGCAGCAAGUAGGGGAAAACAGUUCUUGAUUGUUGGUACCAAAAAUAAAGCAGCUGAUUCAGUAGCAUGGGCUGCAAUAAAAGCCCGGUGUCAUUGUGUUAAAAAAUGGCUCGGCGGGAUGUUAACGAAUUGGUCCACUACAGAAACUAGACUUCAUAAGUUCAGGGACUUGAGAAUGGAACAAAAAACGGGAAGACUCGACCGUCUUCCGAAAAGAGAUGCGGCUGUGGUGAAAAGACAAUUAUCUCGCCUACAAACAUAUCUGGGCGGGAUUAAAUAUAUGACAGGGUUACCCGAUAUUGUAAUCAUCAUCGAUCAGCAUGAAGAAUAUACGGCUCUGCGAGAGUGUAUCACUUUGGGAAUUCCAACAAUUUGUUUAAUCGAUACAAAUUGUGACCCUAAUCUUGCAGAUAUUUCGAUUCCAGCGAACGAUGACGCUAUAUCUUCAAUCCGCUUAAUUCUUAAUAAAUUAGUAUUCGCAAUUAGUGAGGGACAUUCUAGCUAUAUAAGAAAUCCUUGA